AUGACGGGGAACUGGACGUCACCGGGUUCUCAACCCGGUUCCCAAAGCCCGGGUAUACGUCCGAAACUCCACGGCCCCCCCUACGCCGCCAAAAUCGCCAUCGUAGGCGGCUCCCCAACGCCCUCCAUCGACGACCCCAUCGCCGCCGUCCUGCUCGUCCUCUUCCUCCUCUCAGCAGCAGCGCACAUGGCAAUCCUGCGGAUCAACAAGCGGCGGGGUCUCAAGUUCGUCUUCUCGGGGAUGCUGUUCGCGCUGUGUAUGUUGCGCGGGUUAUCACUGGUGGCGCGGAUCGUGUGGGCGUCGUAUCCGAAGACGGUGGGGGCGGUGAUCGCGGCGGGUGUGAUGACGCAGUGCGGCAGCGUGCUCAUCUUCGUCAUCAACUUAUUCUUCGCGCAGCGCGUGCUGCGCGCCUACCAUCCGCGCCUCGGCUGGCACCGCGGCACCUGCUACGUCGUCUGGUUUCUCAUCGCCUGCGUCCUGUGCUGCCUCGUCAUGGCCAUCGUCACCACCGUCCACACCUUCUUUACGCUUAACCCGCACGCCAGGCGCGCCGACCGCGCCGUCCAGCUCUUCGCCGGCUGCUAUCUCGCCUUCUUGGCGUUCCUCCCCGUCCCCGUGGUCGUGCUGGCCGCGACCACACACCCGCAGCGCUUUCACGUGGAGAAGUUUGGGGAGGGGCGGUGGCGUGCCAAGGUGGGCCUGCUGGUCUUCACCUCGCUGGUGGCCACACUGGGCGCUGGGUUUCGGGUUGGUGUGGGUUUCGACGCCAGGCCAGCGGCACAUCCAGCGUGGUUUCAUAGCCGCGCGUGCUACUACGGGUUUAAUUUCGUGACCGAUCUCAUCGUGUCCACCGCGUACCUCCUUGCGCGAUUUGAUAGACGGUUCAUUGUGCCGGAUGGUGCGCGUGGGCCUGGCGACUACUCGCCUAUCCUCCCGUCCACGCAGUCGAAGAUUAACCUAGAAGACGACGGUGGCAAACUGCCGCUUAUGGGGACGAUGAGGCCCUUAACCAUGUUGCGGCGUCCGUACUUUUCUCUUUCCCCGUCACCGUCACAUUCACAUUCACCAACCCCAUCGCAAUCACCAUCGCCAUCACCAUCUCCAUCGCCUACUCCCGUCUCCCCCACUUCCCCACGUCUAGAGGCAACCAAGCCAUCAACCUCGUCCACGCCAUCACAGCACUUCGACGCCAGCGGAUUCCUAACCGACUCGUCCAACACCGCCGUGCAAAACACGCCAUCCACCAGCCGCAGCUUUAACCGGAGCAAGUAUACCCCACCCCAAUGCCAGCAAGAACAAGACCAGAACCAGCCACGCCCGCGACCCAAGUCCUUCAAGACCCUGGGCCGCCGACGCGGCAUGAUGCUGCGCAGCGUGCGCAUGCGGAUCAACAGCGAAGCCGACGCCUACGGGCCCGACGAUAGCUUCCGCUGCCGCGACACCACCACCGACGCAGACCCCCUAAUGCCGCGCUCCUCCUCGGCAGAAGACGGCGACGGCGAUGACGACAACCAUCCGGGCAACGAAAUUCCCACCACCGCCACUACUGCUAAUGUUACCACCACUGCAACCAACACAAACACCCAUCGAGGCAGCGUUCGCGCGCCCGCCCCCGCUCAUCUCGGCCCGCCCAUCCUGCCGGCUCUGAACCUAGACCUGGAGCUGCUGAGCGCGACGCUGCUGGCGCCGUGGGCGCUGGAUAGCUGGGGCUUCGAGACGAACGGGUGGCGGAUCUCGCGGACGUCGCGCAACUCGCGGGCUGCUGGAAAUAUCGGGCUUGGAGGCGUAAGCGGUGGUGGUGGUGGUGGUAGUGAUGGCAUGGGUGUAGGUAGUAGGCGUGGUAGUAGGAAGAGCAAGAAUGGUGGUGGUGUUGUAAGCAGAAGUGGUACCGCUACCGAUGAUAGUAAUGGCAGUGGGGGUAAUGCUGGGAAUAAUAGCGGAAAUGGGAGUAAUGAUGGAAGUGGGAGUGGAAGUGGGAGCGGCAGCACCAGUCGUGGUAAUAGCCAACGGUCGGAACGGGCUAGGACGAUGUGA